CAGACCAACGUUUUUCUAAGAAAAGUUCGAUCUCUUGGUCAAAGCAACAAACCAUUAGAUGGAAAACUAGACCAUCAAACCAUCACAUAAACUAGACUAGCUUCAACUUAACUAUCAAAAAUAUUUACCAAAGAAGACAAAAAAGAAUUUAAUCGGUGAAAGGGAUUACAAGAAUGAAGACCGUUUCCUUAAAGCUUUUGUUAUUGGUUUCUUUACUUGUUGCUGUUGUCGAAAAUGGAGUUAGCAUUCAAAGUAAUGGAAGUUCUCUUAACAAAAACUCUUGUAUACCAACAUGCAGCGGCUGCGAAGGUGCUCGUGGUGGUCGUGGUGAUCCCGGUCCACCACCUACUUGUUGUAAGAAGGAUAGUGACUGUGAUAAGUAUUGCCCAGAGGGAGGUUUUUGCAGAUGCAAUUGCGUUUGUAAAAUGGUUAAAGUGAUGAAUUUUAAUAAUGUUCAAUGCCAAACAGAUAAUGAUUGCAACAUGAAAUGUUCAAAGCAAGGGUAUUGCAAAUUGGCAUUUUAAAAGAACACUCCGGUUUGUACAAUUGCAUAUGAUGAA